CUGAAACCUAAAAAAGGGUAAAACCCUAAUUUCCUCUGCAGGUUUUCGGCGUGAUUAACAAACCCUCCUUCGAUUUUCUGUCUGUCUGCAAUUUCUGUCAUGAUUCCGGCCAUGUCCUGGUUUUUCCGGCGUUUCCCUGUUAUUUCCGGUGGCUAUCCGGUUGGUUUCUCUCCCUCCUCUGAAAUGCGUCAUGUAAUGUUUGUGGCUUUGUCGUCAUUUUAACUUCGUAUUUAUGAGGAAUAGCUAGCAUUUCCGGUCCUUGUUUACUUUCCGGCCAUUUUCCCAUUUUUCCGGUGAGAUUACAUCCGGGCUUCUUCAUUUUCUUUUUUCUUGGGUCCAAGCUUUUGUACGAGCUUCUCUGGUGUGAUUCGAGCUAUCAUUCGUCUUGUUGUUUUGUUUUCCGGCGAGAUACUUGUACUUUCGGCCAUUACUAAGAUAGGCAUUGAAGUUCAUGGCGGACGGAUUCUUGUCUACUCAUCUUCUCAAGCCUGAGUGAAUCUUAUGUAUAGCCUAGUAGACGUUCCAUUUCUGGUAAAAUAUAGCGACUACCGUCUUUUUUGCAACAUUUUUGGUUGUUAGCUAUUUUCAGAUUUUGGCUUUUCCACAUUUUCUGGCUAGAUUCCGGCUGUCAUCCAAAUUUUCCGGCGAGCUCCUUAUUUUUCAAGUGAUUAUAGGGUGAGCCAACUACUCGUUAUCCUUCUUAUGUAAUAGGGGACAUAUCUGUUAUUACAUUUUAUAGUUUCCAUUUUCUGGUGAUAUUUACCCUACCAGCGGACUUAUCUUGAUUCUGGAGACCUUUCUUUUAGAUUCGCAGCUUUAUUUUUUUCGAAACCUGAUCUUGUUUAUUCACCUUGUUACCAUGAUCCUUCUUCCUUCUUUAUUCUUGUGAUCUUUUAUUUUCUCUUUACGGAAAUCGUAUUCGCAGAAUUUCAGUGAAGGUUUGUUUGCGAACUUUUUUUUCCUGCCAAAGGUUCUCAGUGGCGCUUUUUGUGCAAUGAUGAUGGCUUCCGCUUUUAUAGACAGCAUCGGGAAAAUGCCCUCUGAGAAUUUCCCUGCUUACCCUUCCUAUGGCUGGCUAAGUCCAAGGAUCUCUUUCAGCCGUGACUUUGUCGAUGAUGGCCUGAAAAUAGCGGGAGAUUCACCAAAAAACUCACCAGAAUAUGUUUCAGAGGAGCUGGAAAAUGAGAUUUGUAGCCAAGAUUUUGAGUUUUGCCUUGAAGAUCCGGUGACCAUGUUGCCUGCUGAUGAGCUCUUCUCAGAUGGCAAGCUUGUUCCUCUCCAAAUGAAUAAUAAUCCAGUGAAAAAUGUAGCUUCCACUGCUGUAGAAAGGCAUAGAGAAACUCUAUCCCUAGACCUCUCUGGCACUGAUUCAUGCAUUCUUUCUCCCAAGGCUCCAAGAUGUUCUAGCAGGUGGAAAGAACUAUUGGGGCUUCGGAAGGCCUCUCAGCAACACCCCAAACCAGAGAAUAUACAGAAGAAUUACUCCAUAAAAACUCUAACUAACCCCAAAUCUUCAUUAAAGCAGCUUCUCAGAGGCUCUGGAGAAUCAAAUCCUAAGUCUUCGGCGGAUGCAUCAAUGAGCUUGCCUUUACUCAGGGAGGUGGACUCAGAGUCUGUUUCACACUCUUCUCGAUUCUCACUUUCUUCGAAUACCUCUGAUCAAGAGGAUUUGCCGAGGUUUUCUUUCGAUUCAGAUAAGCCAAAUUCCAACAUUCUCAAUAGAAUCCCACCUAAAGUAAAAGCUGUUAAGCUCCGACGUGUUGAAAAACUGGACAAUCAAAGGGGAGGAGGAGGCUCUGAUACCUCGAAGCUAUCAGAAAACCAGAGGGCAAGAGUUGGUAGGAGCCCAUUAAGGAGAUCUGCUGAUCAAGGUGCCCCAAUAAGAGGUGUUUCAGUGGAUAGCCCAAGAAUGAAUUCUUCAGGGAAAAUUGUGUUUCAGGGCUUAGAGAGAAGUUCGAGCAGCCCCAGUAGCUUCAAUGGGAAGGAUUACUAUUAUGGUAAUUACAGGUUGAAGGACAACUUUAGGGGAAUGGAGAGGUCUUACUCUGCAAAUGUUAGGGUUAGGGUUUCCCCCGUUUUGAAUGUCCCUGUUUGUUCACGUAGGUCUUCUUCGAAGCAGGGGUGUAGCUCAUCAAAGGGUAACAUAUUUGGGCUUAGUCAUAAGCUUUUCUCACCCCAAAAGAAGGAUAUUUCUUCGAGAACUAACAAAGGACGUAACGACAGCAAAUCAGGGGUUUCUUCGUGAGGAAAUGGAGGGAUUUUUUGAAGAAAGAAGAGGUAGUUUUGAAGAUAUUUGCGGUUUAUUUGAGCGGGGUACGGUUUUUAACCUUUUUCUUUUCUUUCUUUGGUUUAAUUGCUGUUCUUCAUCAUACUUGUGAAUGUACAUAUUGGUUGCAAGUUGAGGUUUUUGUGAAAAAAUCUGAUGUCUUUUUUCGUAGUUUCGCCAAUGGGAUUUUUAUUGGAGGCUGGAAAUUAACGUUGAGUAUGGGGAGACCAAUGAGGUAUAUGGACUUUUGGGUUUAUCUGUUUCAAUGAAGUGGGUAUGUACACACAUUGGCCUCUAAUGAUUUGCAACAGUAUUGAACAAAUUGGCGUGUGAAUUAUACACACAUGUUGUAUAAUUUAUGUUCUCUAUUACUUGAAUUGGUGUUAAUUGGCUAUUGUUUCAAUAGGAAACACCACCAGCCUAGAAACCAAAUAUUCAAUUUGAUCUGGUAUCUUACAAAUUUUGGAGCAUAUAUAUGGGGAUGGGUCACUUUUUCGCUU